GCUUAUUUUCAGUCAUUUAUACCAGGUCGUAAAGAACAAAAUGAAGCACAAUUUAAAGGUAGACUUGGUGUGUUUAUUCCCGAAAGAGAACUCAACAUCUCAUAAAACAGAUAAAUUCGACCUGGUACGUGAUGAGGAGAAUCCCAUUGCCGUCUUACGAAGAGGUCUUAAAUUUACCAUUGCCAUAAGGUUCAGUGAAAGGAAUUACGAGGAUGAAAGGGACAUUGUUAAACUUAUCUUCAGUUUCGGCCCGAAUCCGAAUGCGAUUAAAGGUACGAAAGUGACCAUUCGCUUGGACCCGAAAAGCACCGACUUUGAACAUCAUAACAAUUGGUACGCAGGAUUCUUAGAGAGAUCAGGAGACUUGUUUACGCUAGAAGUUUCUGCAUCUGUGCAUUGUCCAGUUGGUAAUUGGUUUUUGCAGGUGGAAACAAGCCGCGUUUAUUCUACGCUGCCGCCGUCUACUUUUGAUUAUGAAAGUGAAAUUUACAUUCUCUUCAAUCCCUGGAAUCAGCAUGAUUUGGUUUACAUGCCUCAAGGCGAAUUGCUAGAUGAAUACGUAUUGUCUGAUGUGGGGAAAAUUUGGAUAGGCCCCUGGGGUUCUUGCAGAGGACGUGAAUGGGUAUUUGGUCAGUUCUAUGGAUGCGUUUUGCCUGCUAUCAUGCUCAUGUUCAAUUCAUCGGAAUUACCUACGGCAAGCCGUGGAGAUCCAAUUAAAGUGACCAGAUGCAUUUCCAAAAUGGUAAACAGUAAUGACGAUAAUGGUAUUUUGGUUGGUCGUUGGGAUGGUGACUAUGAUGGUGGUACAGCACCUUCCUCUUGGACAGGAUCCGUUGAAAUUCUGCAAAAAUACUUGGACAAACAUCGUUCUGUGAAUUACGGCCAAUGCUGGGUUUUCUCUGGGGUCGUUACAACUAUUUGCAGAGCUUUGGGAAUUCCUUCGAGGGUUAUUUCAAAUUUGGUUUCUGCCCACGAUGCGAACGCUACUCUAAGCGUGGAUAAAUAUUACGAUCUAUCUAACGAAGAAUUGAAUUUCGACCCUUUGAAUCCAACGGGCGAAGAUUCCGUUUGGAAUUACCACGUUUGGAGCGACGUAUGGAUGGCGAGGCCGGAUCUACCCAUUGGUUACGGUGGUUGGCAAGCAAUCGAUGCCACUCCUCAAGAGAUAUCUUCGGGGUUCUACCAAUGCGGUCCAGCGUCUCUAGAAGCCAUCAAGAAGGGCCAGGUCGGUUUCAAUUAUGAUAUCGGUUUUAUGAUCGCUUCAGUGAAUGCUGAUCUGAUGCGUUGGAAAAUUGAUCCAAUGAGCGAUUUAGGAUUUACUCAGAUUCAUUGCAACAAGUAUCACAUCGGACGAAUGAUUUUGACCAAGCAGCCGCACAUCUUCGAUGCAAACGGCGAUAAAGAUCGACAAGAGAUCACGAAUCAGUAUAAAGCUAAGGAAGGCACACCAGCCGAAAGAUAUUUUCUUAAUAAAGCUGUUAGGUGUUCCCGUUUUGCCAAUAACGUUCACUCAUUAUCGCAUUCUAACUCGGAAGAUGUUGAGUUCGAAUUGCAGGAACUGGAGAAGAUCAACAUCGGGGAGAGUUUUGCGCUUAUUCUUAAUAUCAAAAACGUGAGCGAUCAAGUAAGAACUGUCAAAACACUUAUGUCGGCCGGUAGCAUUUUUUAUACGGGUGUGAGGGCACAUGUUAUCAAGAAGUCUGAAGGCGAAUUCAGGAUAAAACCAAAAUCAACGGAGGUAUUGAGAAUGGUGGUAACGUCUGAGGAAUAUCUAGACAAGUUGGUGGAGUAUUGCAUCUUGAAAUUAUAUGCUGUGGCAACUAUCGUGGAAACCGGACAAGUUUGGGCCGACGAGGAUGAUUUCCAAGUACAAAAACCCAAAAUCAACAUAAACUUGCCAGAUGGAGUUCAGAUUAACGCAGCGACGAAAAUAACGAUGUCGUUUCGUAAUCCGUUGCAACAGGUCCUCACCAAAUGCAAGUUCAAUUUGUCUGGACCGACGUUGUUGCGCAACCAGAUUCUACAUUACAGAAACGUUAAACCGGGAGUGAUGGUCAAAAUCGCAAUCAAUAUAAUUCCGUUGGUUCCAGGGGAACAGAAGAUCGUCGCAACGUUCAGUUCCAAAGAACUGCUCGACAUCACGGGUUCGGCUAAAGUCAAAGUCUUCGAUGAAAACUAUUGACUUAAAUAUGCAAUCUAGCAAUAAUGUAAAAUCUAUUUUAAUGUAAAAGAAG